AUGAGUUAUCAGAUACCAUCAUCUCAGAGCCGCACAAUGUCUCAUAGCAACUAUGGUGGGUCUGAUGUGCCGAUGGCACCGAGUAAGGAGCAGCAGACCCUUAUGUGGCAACAGAACUCAUACUUGGUGGAUUCUGGUAUCAAUUCAGGUGCAGCUACUCAGGUACCAUCUCUUACUGGCAAAGAAGAUGAUGAAAUGGAAGGAGAUCAGCUCAUGUUUGACCUGGACCAGGGUUUUGCCCAAGGCUUUACUCAAGAACAGGUUGAUGAUAUGAACCAGCAGCUAUCUCAGACGCGGUCCCAGCGUGUGCGCGCUGCUAUGUUUCCUGAGACUUUGGAGGAAGGUAUAGAGAUUCCUUCCACUCAACUGGACCCCGCUCAACCAACGGCUGUCCAACGUCUAUCUGAGCCAUCUCAGAUGCUUAAACAUGCUGUUGUUAAUCUUAUUAACUAUCAGGACGAUGCUGAUUUGGCUACAAGGGCCAUACCUGAGUUGAUCAAACUCUUGAAUGAUGAAGACCAAGUGGUUGUGUCUCAAGCUGCUAUGAUGGUACAUCAGCUAUCCAAGAAAGAGGCAUCUCGUCACGCUAUCAUGAAUUCACCUCAGAUGGUUGCGGCUUUAGUUAGAGCGAUCUCUAACAGCAAUGAUUUGGAGACUACUAAAGGUGCAGUGGGAACCUUGCAUAACUUGUCUCACCACAGACAAGGUUUACUUGCAAUCUUCAAGAGCGGCGGUAUACCUGCUCUGGUGAAGUUGCUGAGUUCCCCUGUAGAAUCGGUGCUCUUCUAUGCUAUCACCACACUUCACAACCUCUUGCUGCACCAAGAUGGUUCAAAAAUGGCGGUUCGCUUGGCCGGCGGACUACAAAAGAUGGUUGCUUUACUGCAGAGAAAUAACGUCAAGUUCUUGGCUAUAGUGACUGAUUGCCUCCAGAUCUUGGCUUACGGAAACCAAGAGUCGAAGCUAAUCAUCCUUGCAUCUCAAGGACCGAUCGAACUUGUGCGUAUCAUGCGCUCCUACGACUAUGAAAAGUUGCUGUGGACCACAUCCAGGGUUCUGAAGGUGCUGUCAGUAUGCUCUAGUAAUAAGCCCGCCAUAGUGGAAGCGGGUGGCAUGCAAGCCCUUGCCAUGCACCUUGGAAACCCGAGUGGCCGUUUGGUCCAAAACUGUCUCUGGACUUUGAGAAAUUUGUCUGAUGCUGCCACCAAGGUGGAAGGUCUAGAAGCUCUGCUGUCAAGCCUCGUGCAGGUGCUCGCUUCAACUGAUGUCAACAUUGUGACUUGCGCUGCUGGAAUACUCUCCAACUUGACCUGCAAUAAUCAGCGCAAUAAGGUGACUGUUUGCCAAGCUGGUGGUGUGGAUGCUCUAGUCCGUACAGUUGUGUCGGCUGGAGACCGCGAGGAGAUCACAGAGCCAGCUGUGUGUGCUCUCAGACACCUCACCUCGAGACAUGUGGAGAGUGAGAUGGCACAGAAUGCUGUCCGUCUACACUAUGGACUACCGGUGAUAGUGAAGCUACUGCAGCCUCCGUCUCGCUGGCCGCUUGUGAAGGCUGUAGUGGGUCUAGUACGUAACCUGGCUCUGUGUCCAGCCAACCACGCCCCACUUCGAGAACAUGGUGCUGUUCAUCAUCUUGUUAGACUCCUGAUGCGCGCGUUCAAUGAUACACAGAGGCAACGUACAUCUGUAUCUGGAGGCGGGGGUGCCGGCGGUGCUUACGCGGACGGUGUUCGUAUGGAGGAGAUUGUAGAGGGCGCUGUCGGAGCGUUGCACAUUCUCGCUAGAGAGGGACUUAAUCGCACUCUCAUAAGACAACAGAAUGUUAUCCAUAUAUUCGUACAGCUUUUGUUCAAUGAGAUAGAAAACAUACAGCGUGUAGCGGCGGGCGUGCUCUGUGAGCUAGCGGCUGAUAAAGAGGGAGCGGAAAUGAUAGAAGGACAAGGAGCCACUGCACCACUUACUGAACUACUGCAUUCAAGGAAUGAAGGUGUAGCAACAUACGCCGCAGCCGUUCUGUUCCGUAUGUCAGAAGACAAACCUCACGAUUAUAAGAAGAGACUCUCUAUGGAAUUAACAAACUCAUUGUUCAGAGACGACCAUCAGAUGUGGCCCAACGACCUCGCCAUGCAAACCGACCUACAGGACAUGCUCGGGCCGGAGCAGGGUUACGAAGGUCUAUACGGAACGAGACCAUCUUUCCAUCAACAAGGCUACGAUCAAAUCCCGAUAGACUCAAUGCAGGGGUUGGAUAUUGGAAGCGGUUUCAAUAUGGACAUGGACAUCGGUGAAGAGGGCGCCACUUCCAACGAUCUAGCCUUUCCUGAACCGCCGCAUGAUAAUAACAACGUAGCAGCCUGGUAUGACACCGAUCUAUAA